GGAUUGUAAUGGCGGCAUACAUGUUUGCAAACAAACGUAUUAGCGCCGUUGAGACAUAAACAUUUUCUUAUUGACUUGUUUGCUGAUGAGACUCAAAGGCCUGCCCGGGGGAAUGUAAACAUUACAGUGGAUGUCAACUUUUGAAUGGUUCACCUGGAGCUAGCGCCAGCCACAUGAUGCAGAAGAGAUAUUGAGCACAUCGUCACCACCACCACACAUCUCCCACUCUCGACAGCCCGUUCAUCCAUCCAUCCAUCCAUCCAUUCAGAAUGGAGGAUGAUUUCUCGCUGCAUCGUCUGGAGGGAAGCGACCCGAGCGCUCAGGUCGGAGGACUCAUCGUGAAGAAAAAGAGCGCCGCUUCAGAGCCGCACGUCUUCAGGGCGCCUGCGCCGCGAACCUCGCUGCUGGGCCUGGAUCUGUUGGCGGCCCAGAAACGCAAAGAGAGGCAGGAGGCCGAGGCCGAGGCCGAGCAGAGCACGAAGAAGUCCAAGGUGUCCUCCUACAAGGACUGGGAGGAGAGCAAGAGUGACGAGGAAGGAUCGGAUGAGGAGGAAGAGGAGAGUAGUAAAGACAAGAGAGAGGAGAAAAAAGAGAGGAAGUACCGUGUCACUGGCUCUGAGACGCCCUCCAAUACUGGUGGGGUGAGUGAAGAGUUCCGGCGUCGACAUGAGCAGAGGGAGAAAGAUCGUCGGGAACAAGGAGUAUUCGCCUCCUCCAAAGAAGAAAAACCAAGGGAACGGGACAGAGACAGGGACAGGGACCGUGAUAGAGAUCGUGACAGAGAGCGAAAGAAUGACCGAAGUGAACGUAGUCAUGGCAGCCGGUUUGAAGGGCCGGGGGAGCGUAGUGAACGUUCCCAGAGGGAGGGCAGUGUGAGGAGCGAGCGCUCGGGGCCCAGCAGCGAGCGCUCCAGCAGAGAGGGCUGGUCUGAACGCAGCAUCAGCAGAGGCAGCCGCCGCGACGAGCCUGCUACCCCACGCAGCAAACCCAGAGAUGGCACCCCCUCUCGCACCAGCUGGGAUGAGGAUGACUCCGGCUACGCCAGCUCCCGGCGUUCCCAUUGGGAAAGCCCCUCUCCUACUCCCUCCCACCGUGACUCCGACCACUCAGAGCGUAGCCAACGAUCUGGCUCAGAGAGCGAGAGGAGAGGAGACCGGUCGGUGAGGAAUCGUUACCCGGAGGACACCCCCCUGCCUACCCCUUCAUACAAGUACAACGAGUGGGCCAACGACCGCAAGCACUUGGGCUCCACACCCCGCCUCUCCAGAGGCAAAGGUAAGAAAGAGGAUGGAGGGGAUGGCAUCGCAUUUGACAAUGAGGAUGACAAGGAGCAGUGGGAAGAGGAUCAGAAGCAAGCGGACAGGGACUGGUACAUGAUGGACGAGGGCUAUGACGAGUUCCACAACCCACUGGCCUCCACCUCAGAGGAGUACGUGAAGAAGAGGGAGCAGAUCCUGCAGAAGCAGACCCAGAAACGCAUCUCUGCCCAGAGGAGACAGAUUAAUGAGGAUAACGAGCGUUGGGAGACUAACCGCAUGUUGACCAGUGGCGUGGUACAGAGGCUGGAGGUGGACGAGGACUUUGAGGAGGACAACGCCACCAAGGUCCACCUGCUGGUCCACAACCUGGUGCCACCCUUCCUGGACGGGCGCAUCGUCUUCACCAAACAGCCUGAGCCGGUGAUCCCCGUGAGAGACGCCACGUCUGACAUGGCCAUCAUCUCCCGCAAGGGCAGCCAGCUGGUCCGCAAGCACCGCGAGCAGAAGGAGCGCAAGAAGGCCCAACACAAGCACUGGGAGCUGGCAGGUACCAAACUGGGAGACAUCAUGGGCAUCAAGAAGUCAGAGGAUGGGGAGGCCAAACCUGUGGGGGAGGAUGGCAAAGUGGACUACAGGACGGAGCAGAAGUUUGCGGACCACAUGAAGGAUAAGAAUGAGGCUAGCAGUGAGUUUGCCAAGAAGAAGACCCUUCUGGAGCAGAGGCAGUACCUCCCCAUCUUCGCAGUCAGGCAGGAGCUCCUCAACAUCAUCAGGGACAACAACAUAGUGAUCGUGGUGGGGGAGACGGGCAGUGGGAAGACGACCCAGCUGACUCAAUACCUGCACGAGGACGGCUACACCAGCUAUGGCAUGGUGGGCUGCACACAGCCACGUAGGGUGGCCGCCAUGAGCGUAGCCAAGAGAGUCAGUGAGGAGAUUGGAUCCAACCUGGGAGAGGAGGUGGGCUACGCUAUCCGCUUUGAGGACUGCACGUCUGAGAAGACGGUGGUGAAGUACAUGACGGACGGCAUCCUGCUGAGGGAGUCUCUUCGGGAGUCGGACUUGGACCAUUACAGCGCCGUCAUCAUGGACGAGGCCCACGAGAGGUCACUCAACACAGACGUGCUCUUCGGACUGCUCCGAGAGAUUGUAGCCAGGAGGUCUGACUUGAAGCUCAUCGUCACCUCAGCCACCAUGGACUCUGACAAGUUUGCAGCGUUCUUCGGCAACGUCCCCAUCUUCCACAUUCCAGGAAGAACAUUCCCUGUGGACAUCCUCUUCAGCAAGACUCCUCAAGAGGACUAUGUGGAGGCGUCGGUGAAGCAGGCUCUGCAGAUUCACCUGAGCGGCAUGGUGGGGGACAUCCUCAUCUUCAUGCCCGGACAGGAGGACAUUGAGGUGACGUCUGACCAGAUCAUUGAGCGUCUGGAGGAGCUGGAGAACGCCCCUCAGCUGGCCGUGCUGCCCAUCUACUCCCAGCUGCCCUCAGACCUGCAGGCCAAGAUCUUCCAGAAGGCCCCAGAUGGUGUGAGGAAGUGCAUUGUUGCCACCAACAUCGCUGAGACUUCUCUUACUGUGGACGGAAUUAUGUUUGUGGUGGACUCUGGAUACUGCAAACUUAAGGUGUUCAACCCCCGCAUUGGCAUGGACGCCCUGCAGGUGUACCCCAUCAGCCAGGCCAACGCCAACCAGCGCUCUGGCAGAGCUGGCAGGACGGGGCCAGGACAGUGCUACAGGCUGUACACCCAGAGUGCCUACAAGAACGAGAUGCUGACGACCACCAUCCCGGAGAUCCAGCGCACCAACCUGGCCAACGUGGUGCUGCUGCUCAAGUCCCUGGGGGUGCAGGACCUGCUGCUCUUCCACUUCAUGGACCCGCCGCCCGAGGACAACAUGCUCAACUCCAUGUACCAGCUCUGGAUCCUGGGGGCACUCGACAACACAGGGUCCCUCACCCCUACGGGCCGCCUGAUGGUGGAGUUCCCCCUGGACCCCGCUCUGUCCAAGAUGCUGAUCGUGUCAUGUGACAUGGGCUGCAGCGCCGAUAUCCUCAUCAUCGUCUCCAUGCUGUCUGUACCAGCCAUCUUCUACCGGCCCAAGGGUCGAGAGGAGGAGAGCGACCAGGUGAGGGAGAAGUUUGCGGUGCCCGAGAGCGAUCAUCUGACAUACCUGAACGUCUACCUGCAGUGGAAGAACAACAACUACUCCAGCAUCUGGUGCAACGAGCAUUUCAUCCACACCAAGGCCAUGCGCAAGGUGCGAGAGGUGCGAGCCCAGCUGAAGGACAUCAUGGUGCAGCAGCGUAUGAACAUGGUGUCCUGCGGCUCUGACUGGGACAUCAUCAGGAAGUGCAUCUGUGCUGCCUACUUCCACCAGGCCGCCAAGCUCAAGGGCAUCGGUGAGUAUGUGAAUGUGCGGACGGGCAUGCCGUGCCACCUGCACCCCACCAGCUCUCUGUUCGGGAUGGGCUACACGCCCGACUACAUCACCUACCACGAGCUGGUCAUGACCACCAAGGAGUACAUGCAGUGUGUGACAGCGGUGGACGGGGAGUGGCUGGCUGAGCUGGGGCCCAUGUUCUACAGCAUCAAGCACGCCGGCAAGAGCAGAACGGAGAACCGGCGUCGUGCCAAGGAGGAGAUCACCAACAUGGAGGAGGAGAUGUCCAUGGCUGAGGAGCAGAUCAAAGCACGCAAGGAGGAGCAGGACAGGAAGAACAACCUGGGCAUCAAGUCCCCAAGAAUCUGUACCCCUGGCAGACGAGAGGAGGUGCCCGCCACCCCUAAACGUACCCCAGCACGCUUCGGCCUGUAACCUUCCUGGGACGUCCCUUCAAAACACCAUCCAUGCUCCUCUGAAGCACUCUUUACACACAAACUCGCUCUCUAAGCCCAUCUCCUGUGCCCAGGCUUCCGUUGUCUCCCAUCACAUAGUAACAAAACAUGGCUGAUUCAGUGACUCUGUGUCCCUUUCAGUACCCCAAUUUGUCCACCAGUAGGCACACUUGUAUAAGGCAAGAGAGUGGAGUGAGGCGGCCAGCCCAGCCCAGCCCUGUGGAGGAGGAGGAGGAGGAGGAGGAGGAGGAGGGCUGAGUGAUUGUCCUCUGUGUGUAUGUGCAGAGCAGAGCAGAGAGCCCCAUGAAAUGGCUCCUUUAUUACUCGCAGACCUAUCUCCUGCACCAACACAUUCACACUUCACACGCACGACAACAACAAUGGCAAUAUUGCUAAACAACAAAAAACCCAUCCUUGAUGUUUUAGAUUUAAACACUUUACACUCUUAUCAGUGGCAAUAUUAUUUAACAGCAACAAAAGAUCUUUAACGCUUUAGAUGUUUUUUGGGGGGUUUUUUUAGCAUAGAAAUAAAUUGUGUGUCAACUUGUUUCAAGGCAAUCCAUUGUACAAUAUUUUUUUCUGAAUGUUUUUUCUGAAUAAUGUCUUUGGACAUUUUGGGAUUCAGGAUUCAGCAUUUUGGGAUUCAGAGCUCUCCUGUCAUCUACCAGGGGUUACUGUUACCGUCAUAUGAUCAUGGCAGGGAAGUUACUUGCUGUUGAAGAGAUAAAGGUUUCUCCUUUCUUUUUUGCCUUUUUGUGGCAUUUUCUCAACUCACAAAACUAAGUGUAUCCCCACCUUUCUUUCCCCUUCAAAACAAAUCUAUAAGAAACAAAACAAAGACAAAGAAGACAAAAAACAAAAUGGACAGAAGUGACCUAUGGCUAAAACACCCCGUCUUUGAUAGUGUGUGCAUACGUACUGUGCGUAUGUGUGCUGUUUGGCACAUUGGUGGCAUCAUCAAAGGUGCACUGUGUAGUGUAGAAAGCAGAGCAUAGGUGUUGUCUAGGCAACACGGAGGCACCGAUUUAGCACCCAGCAUGGGACUUGUGCCCUCUACAGCUACUACUAGUCAGGGUCCUCCAAAGGGGCCCCCCAUAGCUGCACACACCUCUCCCCAACCACAAUCACUCCAAAUUGGGGAACUGCUAGUAGAGCCAGGCUUUGAGGUGAUACGGUUCCCCUCUCAUUUGUACUCACCAUCAGUAUAUUGUGGACCCACUUAAUGUUCUUUAAAAAAAAAACAAAAAACUAAUUUUCUUGCCUUUCUGUGUGCUUCUUUUCUUUUUGUACAGCUUGUUUUUAAGCCGUAAGCUUCCCUCCCUCUUGAUUUUAGCUCUGCUGUCAGUCAUGGUAGAUGUUUAUCUGUGGUGAUGAUGCACUGAGUGCAUCUCAUUAUUUUGUGUUGAGAUUUUUUUUGUGAAAAUAAUAUUAAAACAAUUCUUUUGUAAUAAUUA